AAGAUCCUCUCCCUCCCCCUCGUCUAUUCUAUAUCUCGCAAUGGAGGAACCCUAAUUUUCUCUCUCUUCCUCCUCUGGAUUUUUGAUUCGUGGCCACGAGAUUUUGUAUGAUUCUUUUCAAUCUGAUUGAGUUUUAGUUAUAGAAUUUGAAUUUAGGUUCUGGGUUUUUGGUAUUAUUCGUUUUUCCUAAAGGAGGUUUCUAUUCCUGGUAUGACUUUUUCCCUCUCACUUUAUCACCUUCCGAACAGAACAGCACAAGAUGUCGGAUCCAGCCCCCAAGAGAUAUCUAGUUGGAUACGCUCUCGCUUCCAAGAAAGAGCAUAGUUUCAUCCAGCCUUCCUUGAUCGAACACGCGCGACAACGCGGCAUUGAUCUGAUCAAGCUUGAUCCGACCAAGUCGUUGUUCGAUCAAGGAAAUCUAGAUUGCAUAAUCCACAAGCUUUAUGAUGUGGAUUGGAAGGAGAAGCUCCGUGAAUUUCGCGCGAAAUGCCCCGGCGUUCCGGUCAUCGAUUCGCCGGAGGCUAUCGCGCGGCUGCAUAACAGGGUUUCGAUGCUUGAGGUGGUUACUCAGUUGAAGGUUCCUAUGUUGAACAGAGAGAGAUUCGGUGUACCGGAGCAAGUUGUGGUUUUGGAUUCGAGUGCUCUGAGCGGUGAAGGAGCCAUGGGGGAACUCAAAUUUCCGGUAGUGGCUAAACCAUUGGAUGCUGACGGGAGUGCCAAGUCUCACAAAAUGUAUCUCGUGUUUGAUCAAGAAGGGAUGAAUAUUUUGAAGACCCCAAUUGUGUUGCAGGAGUUUGUCAAUCAUGGCGGUGUGAUUUUCAAGGUCUAUGUUGUCGGGGAUCACGUGAAAUGUGUAAAGAGAAGAUCUUUACCAGACAUUUCGGAAGAGAAGAUAGUAACCAUGAAGGGGUCUCUGCCAUUUUCGCAGAUUUCGAAUUUGACUGCGCAAGAUGAUAAGAACAAGGAGUAUGGUGACGAUUUGAGUUUGGAAAGAGCAAUUAGCCCAAUAUCGAGACAGUCAAGCGAUAUACCACAUGAGACAAAUUGGGUUCCACGGGUAAUGAAUGAGGCCCUGAGUACACUUGAUCCCGGGCUCAAUCUUUUUAACUUUGAUGUGAUUAGGGACGCUAAAGAUGAUAAUCGGUACCUUAUAAUUGACAUUAACUACUUCCCUGGGUAUGCGAAAAUGCCGUCUUACGAGCCCGUCUUGACGAAUUUCUUCUGGGAAAUUGUCACAAGAAAGAAUCACGGGGUAGAGAUGAUGGCAACAGAAGGUGUGUCUGCCUAUGCAAGUGGUGGGAGCGAGGAUGGAAGGAAAGAGUAGGCUGUAAUAAUCUGCAGAAAUGAUCCUUCUGGCAGAUUCCGUGUAAUGAUGUUAGAGGAUUUGUACACUUGCAAUGUGAGUUUGGAGGAGUUGCAAUUGCAGACUUCUUGAAGGUUUGCAUUUCGAAGGCAUUUGUCUUGCCUUUUGUGGAUGCCAAAUUGGUGUACCUUUUGAAUUCUAGCACUUGUUGAUGUGUUUUUCUUCCUUUACUGCCAAGUUUUGCAAGCCUUGGUCAAAUGCAAAACUGUUUCCCCUUUGGAAAGCAUUGAAUUUAUAGUUUCUUGGCUGCUGCUCUGAUCAUUAUUUUGGCUUUCAGAAUGGUUUAA